UCAAAUUCCCUCUUUCCCCUCUCUCCUCUCCAGUUCGCUCGCUUCCAUGGCGUGUGCACAGCAGCCACUCAAGAAGCGAAGGCUCUACGAGGCAAUCUCCGAGCCACAGUCCCCUUCCCCUCCGACGCAGAAGCCUCCGACGCCGUUGCAAGAAUCCCCUCCCCCUCUGCCGCAGCCUACGGCGGGCUCCGUCGCUGAGCCGGUGGCACCGUCGCAGGAGGAAAUUCUCGCCAGGAGCAGGAACAGGGACGAAAUUAGGAGCCUUCAUGAGUCCUAUAGUCGUCUCAAAUCGUGUAUUUCUCAUAAAAAUGGCGGUCGUGCUUCGACGACGCUCGAACAGGCCUAUCGCACCCUCAUCUCCGCUUCCAGAGGUUGUACUAGUGCUAAGCGUCUUGCAGCUGAUCUUGUUCCUCGAUAUGCGCCAUACUGUCCUUCUGCUAUUGAGGUUGCACUGCAAGCUGUCAUCGACAUGCAUAACUGCAGCCUUGAAGCAUUAAGAAAAGCAGAAGAUGCUGAUGGUGUUGCAUUUCAAACUGCUAAAGCCUGUAUAUGUGGUCUAUUUGAUCUGUGUUCUGCAGCUUCUUUAAAGAUAACAUCUUCAUCUGUUCCCCGGGAUAUCUGUUCUGCUGUUUUCCGGAACGUUUUUACCUUCCUUGUGUCAUCCUUUGAGGCUAAGGAUAUCUUCCAGAUAGUUGAUAAGAAUGUGUUGAAGCUGCAAGAUUCUGAUGAAAUUUUUUGUCAGCUGAUGCAGAAACUUUCGCAUGGAGAUGUAUCACCACUGGUCAAACUAUCCCAGUUUCGUGUUUUAUCUCUACUGAAAAUUUUCUUUUGCUUCCCCAAGAACUCGAUUGCAACCUGCUUUGGAUUCUUGAAUUCAUCAUCAACAGAAGACAUUGACAAGGGGAGGUAUCUCAUAACUCGUCUGACAAACAAGAUCUAUGAUAUCGAUAUAGUUAGUUAUGAGCCUGAAUCAGAUGAGAAUUCUGUUCAGACAAGUACUAAGGACAUAGAGGCUACUGGCCAAGAGCCAGAUGGAGCCAGUGGGAUUCCAGAAGAAUCUCAAAUUCUGAAUGGCUGCUUGUUAGGAAUGGUUCUUAGGAAGAAUAAAUCACUCUGCAGGUGGGCUUUCAUUAAGUAUAAGAGAAUGUGCAGCUUGUCUUCCUUCAAGGAUGUGUCCAGCACUAUACCUUCUCUAGAUGAUAUCUUUGAAAUUGUUGGAAAAGGUAUCAAGCUAGAAGACUGCCAUAUGGAGAGUGAUGAGGAUGAUUCCGGAAAAGUUUCAGCUUCACGUGUAAAACCUCACAGCUCUGCUGAAAACGAUGUCCGCUCUAGUGCUGGAUCUGUUUAUGACACCGGGGGCUCAAGGUCUAUGGACUUUGAGACUGUUGACCAGAGAGAUCUGUCAUGUGGUAGAUCUUCUGUGCCAAGAGGGUUAACCAAUCAUCAUACGCCUUCUCCCGCUGCAAGACUGCCUUCAGAGUUAAGGAGUAACUCAUCAGAGGGUAGGAACAACUUUAUUCAUGCAGGAUCUCCUAGUUAUCAGGCAGCAUCCGGUGGUCUGUCAUCUUCCCAAAUUGUUUGGUACCUAGAUGGGAAUCCCACUGCUUUUGACAUCUAUUCAGUUUCUGGGCAGCUAUGGUUAGGCAGUAUAGGACCAGAUGAAUCUGAAGGCCAUCUAAGGUUUCAGCUUGAUAGAUAUGGUCCAGUAGAUCGGUUCUUUUUCGAUCCAGUUAAGGGACUUGCCCUAGCUGAAUAUAGAAGUAUAAUUGAUGCAAUAAGAGCUCGAGAAUAUCUGCGAGCGCAAUUUCCUUGGAGUAUAAAAUUCAUGGAUAUAGGACUUGGUACCAGGGGCUCUGUAAAUGGGGUAGCAUAUGGUUAUAGUGCUCAUGUGUAUGUUGGAAGAAUUUCAAGCCAGUGGGAGAGGGAUGAAAUUGUGUAUGAGACAAGGAAAGCCCUUUAUAAGGAACCUCGCAUGGUCACAGACCUUUAUUACGAGAAUGCUCUCCUGAUGGAAUUCGAUACUCCUGAUGAAGCUGCCGUUGUGAUGGUUCAUUUGAGGUUCUACCGCAAGGAAACUCUUCCUUUGCCCCAUGAAGAUGGAGGAAGUCAUCUGGAGAGGCACCAUCAAAUACCUUCCACAUUAAAACCCGAGUGUGGCUCUGGUGAUUUUGUCUCCCCACAAAUGAACCCGGAAGAUCACGCCAAUCCUGUACCUUCUGAAGCUACGUUUCAGCAAAACUGGCCUGCUUCUAGUAGCACUGUUGUGAAUCCUGCUCAAGGAGGAAAUCCUGCAUCUAUUCCCAUGUCAGCACCAGGACCUCCUCUUACACCAAUACCUCCAGUUCCACAAUCUCCAUUUGUUCAACAACCUGUUUACCCUCCUCCAAAUAGUUCCUGGGAUAUGAGACCUCUAGGUCAUUACCUGCCAGUUAACCCCAUUUCCCCAAAUGGUAAUGCUGUGGCUCCACCAUCACAGAUUCAAGGACCUCUGGGCCAGCAUGUCGGAACCAGUGCUUAUACAGCUCCAUUCAUGGCUCCUCCUGUGAACCCAGUGGUUCAUACCCAGGGACCUCCGGGUCAGCAUUUUGACCAGUCGUAUCCACCUCCUCCUUUACCACAUCCGUUAUCUCAACCCCCACCACCACCACCAGAAAUGUUGCCCCCUCCGCCCCCUCCUUCGGUUCCUCCUCCACCAAGUUCUCCCCCUCCACCUCUUCCGCCUCCACCAGUUCCAGCUGUUGUGGAUACGACUGAAUCAGAAGCUUCCAAACAAAGAGUAGCACUCCAUUGGCAGGGAGUGUUGUCAAAGAGCGGAGUUCAUUACUGCACAAUAUAUGCUGAAAGAUUGGAAUCGGAGAUCUGCAAAUACUUCAAUGCCGUUUCAGAACCCGUGGAAUGGCCGAAUAAACUUGAUAUGACCAAGCGCGUAAAUCUGCAGCAUGUGAAGUCUACAUUUACCCACACUCCACCGCAGAGAAGGGAGGUUUGUCAGUUAAUCCCCUCGACCAUGGGAGACCAUAAAGGGUUCCAAGAUUUCAUAUCGUACCUGAAACAGAGGGAUUGCGCAGGAGUGAUCAAGAUCCCAGCCACAAGUUUCAUGUGGGCAAGGCAUCUGUUCAUUCUUCCUUACUCACAAGACACUUGUUCCUUGCUUUCAAUCUCGCCGCCCUCUUCAGAAUGCAUGAUCGGUUUGGUUUUACCAAAGGAAACAAAUCCCGAGUGAACGUAACGGCAAUAGCCAAUGUCACUCAUUACUCCGCGAGUGAAAGGCGAAAGGCAUAAUCCCGAUUCCCGGGUAAUGUUCUCGAGGAUUCGAUUCGACACAAAACUAAUUUUGUAAAUGAAGUAGUGAAUGCAUGUCCUUUUGUUUUGUUUAUUUAGCCAAUCUGAGGAACUUAGUUUAGUGUUUGUGUAUUGAACCAUGUGAGAGAGAUUGCUGCAAUUUUGGCGCGUCAAUGUCUGCUGUCUUCUUAGGAUUGUGAUUUUUUUUCCUGUGUUUGCUAGUUUUGCGCUUUCAGUCAGGCGUGUGUAAGUGUUGGGGUUGAACAGUUUUGGUUGAACUCAGUAAAAAUGUUAAUAGACCGUUUGAUGAAUA